GUAUUAAACACCGUUACGUGAACGCUGCGUCGCAUUUGCCUGCUUGAAUCUGUUUGAGUUAGUACAAAGAUGAAGCCUUUAUUAAAACUGAAAACGGCAUUUGUUUUUUUUUUUGUGUCGCUUAUGUGCGUUGAAAUCGCCUGGUGCAACAAUGGCAGGAGGGUUGGCGACGUCCUAGAAGCGGAAUUCAGUGAUUUCUCCGUGCCUCUAGAACAUUCUUUUGAAGUCGAUGACGUGGGCAGGUUCCGGGUGCGUGGAACGCUGCUGCUGAAAACCGGCAGGGAGCCCGGAGCGUCUCUGAAUCAGAACCAACUGUCGCGCGACGACAGAGUCCAACUCAAAGAAGUGGCGUCGGUGGACGGUCUGUACCGGAUCCGAGUGCCUCGGAUUUCGCUGCAGGCCGACAGACAGACGGAGCGGCAGAUGGACGGAUACGUCACGGCGUUUGUCAGAGCUUGUGCCAUGGUGGAGUCCCGCCUGAGUGACGUGAUCACGUUGCACACGGACGUGUCGGGCUCGCUGAUCGGCGUUUCCAUCGUCACGCUGCCCGGAGCCUGCAGGGGGAUCGACGUGGAGGACGACGUGGACCUGGACCUCUUCAACACGACGCUCAAUGUCAUGGCCCCUGUCAACGCGCCCGGACCCGAGACGGCGCUGUUCCUGGAGCGCAUGGAGCAGGAGUCGGCAAAGAAAGGAAAGAAUCCCCAGGAGCAGAAGUCUUUCUUCGCUAAAUACUGGUAUUUGAUACUGGGAGGCGCCAUCUUCCUCAUGGCUUCCAAUUCAGCACAGCCCCCAGCAGGAGGAGCCAGAGAGCAGAGCUGACCCCUUCAUAGUUUCCCCCACCUUAAGAUCGUCAAACAAAGUGGAUGUACAUAGUACCUCUGGUUCUCUUCCUGAUGAUGUCAGGUGCUCAGGACCAAUCAGGGGGCGGAGCCGGUGCAGCCAAUGGUGGUGGCCGAUGAUCAACCGCUAACUUUUUUUUUCUUUUUUUUUUUUUUUUUUUUUAAAUUCUCGUGUGAACUGCUGUACAUGAGCAUUAUUGUGAAAAGAAUAAUAAAAGUAUUUAUGACCUGAGCGGAUUGAAGUGGUUUGAACUCGCAGGAGGUGGUAACGUUGUUAAUUUUAAAUUCGAACAACAGCAACAACUAAACAUAGUUUGUAACUGCAUCUCCAGCACAUGUAGCUCCGUAGCAUACAUUCAAUGACGUAGACCGAUAUGAUGCAAUACGUGGUAGUGCGCAAACAGCUUGUUUUCAUUUUCAAAACAUUUAAGAACAAAAAAGAAAACAACCUGCUAUAAACUGUUGUUCGUGCAAUAAAUAAAAAUCUGCCCCA